AUGUCUACUUCAAGCGAAGGAACUUUCCGACAAAAUCUCACAGUUGAUGACAACGGACGUGGGAUUGGGGCCACCAAGAUCUUACUUGGCGGUAACUCAUAUACCCUCAAAGAUAGUACGUCGGUAGGACCAGAAGUCCUUUCUGACCUUACGGGUUCCCAAAGAGACGAUAUCGUCACCAUCGUGCGAACUCAAGAGGGAGGUACCAAGUAUAUUUAUCGUCCCAGUAGCCAUUGGACCUCCUUUGACGGCGAACCGUAG